AUAUUCACAAUGAUGUCUGCCAUUGCCUGCUUUGCCUUGGUGCUGCCAGCUCUGACCCUCUCGCAGGGCUACUCGGAGGGGUACUUUCCGGGAAGACAUCAACAGUACCAUCACCAGCCGAUAGCCAACCGGCAGUAUGACUACGGACACUGCGGGGGCCGUGUGUGCGCCUCCAAUGGGUAUCGGUACGCCAGCUUCGCCAAUAUCUGCCGCCUGAACGACUACAAUCUGAGACUUGUCUUUGCUGGCCAUGCAGAAUUUGUCGAAGUGGACUCGAUCUACUGCCAGCAACCCCCUAGAGAUGUGGACUACUACUACAGACCGCAACCAGCAGCAGAGACGCACCUUCCAGGCUAUUCCCCGCACGUUCCCUGCAUUCCCAUGACCCGGCCCCAAAUCGGAGCCCAAGCCAUCGCUCAGUCUGGGAAUGCUUUUGCUUUCAGUGGAUAUUCUUCGCCAGCUUUGCCAUACUGGCUUUUUAAGCCUCCCAUGUCUCCUACCGGGCCCCUUGCUGACAGCAAAAUCUAUUCGUAUCCGGCGCCCCACACGAGCAAGCGUCCUGUGACCUACUAUUACCCAACAACAACCACUAAAGCUCCAACUACGAGUAGCACCAAUGCUCCUUCAACUACAACAACUACCGAAGCUUCAACGACGAGUACAACAAACGAUCCAACUACAACAACAACUACUGAAGCUUCUACAACGAGUACCACCAAUGAGGCUUCAACAACCACCCUAGCUCCUACGACAAGUACAACUAAUGAUCCUUCAACGACAACAACUACCGAAGCUGCUACGACCAGUACCACCAAUGAUCCUUCAACAACAACAACCACCGAAGCUUCCAAGACGAGUACCACUGGUGAUCUCUCUACAACAACAACUACCGAAGCUUCGACAACAAGUACUACCAAUGAUCCUUCCACAACAACAACCACCGAAGCUUCCACGACGGCUACCACCAAUGAUCCCUCAACAACAUCAAGUACCGAAGCUCCUACGACGACUACCACCAUUGUUCCUUCAACAACAACAACUGCAGAAGCUUCCACAAUGAGCACAACUAAUGAUCCUUCAACAACAACAACCACCGAAGCUUCCACGACGACUACAACUAAUAAUCCUUCAACAACAACAACUACUGAAGCGCCUACGUCGAGUACCACAAACGACGCCUCAACUACAACAACUACAGAAAUUUCCACGACGACAACAACUAAUGAUCUUUCAACAACAACUACCGAAGCUUCGACAACUAGUACCACCGAUGAUCCUUCAACAACAACAACUACCGAAGCUUCUACGACGACCACAACUAAUGAUCCUUCAACAACAACAACUACCGAAACUCCUACGACGAGUACAACUAAUGAUCCUUCAACAACAACAACCACCGAAGCUUCCACGACGACUACCACCAAUGAUCCCUCAACAACAACAACAUCCGAAGCUUCGACGACGACCACCACCAAUGAGCCCUCUACGACAACAACCACCGAAGCUCCUACGACGACUACCACCAUUGUUCCUCCAACAACAACUGCAGAAGCUCCUACGACGACCACAACUAAUGAUCCUUCAACAACAACAACAACCGAUGCUUCUACGACGAGUACCACCACAGAACCCAACUCUGCCGUGGAUCCAGUGAUCAUACAGAUUACAGGGCCCAACGGGAGAGUCUUGCGCUUAGUCCUCUCCGACCUGGCAGCUGUAGGAAGCACUUGCACUGAAUCGUACACCCUGGACGUAACCAGGGGAUCAACGGUGCUAUUUCAGUUUACUGGUUGCGCGGAUGCGGACAGCACAACCACUGCUGGAGUCGCCAAUGCACUUUUAAGCGCUUCAGCCACAACCCCUAGAACCAAUCCCCCGGCCUACUUUAUGUAUCAUUCAUCCACCAGAGUUAUUCAAACCCGAUGAAAUUCAUGAACUAACAUACUCAACAAUCUAUAGCUGAACAAUAAAUUUAGACUACACUUGCAAGC